AUGUCCUUUUACGCUUUACUCAAUGAUUUUCUUUGUGGUUACACUGGAUUCAGUGUUUCAUUAAGGGAUUACAUGGCAUGCCUUAUUCGAGGGCAAGCUGGGCACGCUCACAGGGGUGUACAUCCCGUGUGUGCAGAGCAGAACACGCAUGCUGUGAAAGAGGAACCGUCACAGGGCAAGCUGGGCACGCUCACAGGGGUGUACAUCCCGUGUGUGCAGAACAUCCUGGGAAUCAUCUUCUACAUCCGCCUCUCCUGGUGGGUGCUGGCUUGCUUGCCUCUCGUGGAGGUCCCUCCCAUCUGUUGUGGGGGUCCUCCCUGGCCGGCUGGGUCCCACCCACCGGUGCUGCUCACAGGGGUGUACAUCCCGUGUGUGCAGAACAUCCUGGGAAUCAUCUUCUACAUCCGCCUCUCCUGGUGGGUGCUUGAUUGCCUGCCAUGCCAUGUCAUGGGGUUCCCACCUGUUUUGGGUGAGGUCCCACCUGUCAGUUGUGGGGGUGGGGUCCCACCUGUGCUGCUCACAGGGGUGUACGUCCCGUGUGUGGAUGCAGAACUUCCUGGGGAUCAUCAGGAUGUGCACUCACAGGGGUGUACGGUACGGAUAGUGGGCAUAGCAGGUGUGAGCGGGAGCCUGAUGGUCGUGGCAGUCACAUGUGCAAGCACGUUCAUCACAGCGCUCUCCCUCUCUGCUGUUGUUACUAACGGUGCCAUGAAGUACAGCACGUGCAUCACAGCGCUCUCCGUCUCUGCUGUCAUCACCAACGAUGCCAUGAAGGGCGGAGGUCCCUACUAUCUCAUCGGCCGUGCCUUGGGGCCAGAGGUGGGGGUCAGCAUCGGCCUCUGCUUCUUCUUUGGCAACGCCAUUGGUGGAUCGCUCUACAUUCUGGGCAGUGGAAACUCUUCUCGACGCCAUGCCUCAAAUGGCUCUCUUCCCACCUUCGUUCCCUACAUUCUGGGGGCGGUGGAAACUCUUCUCGACGCCAUGCCUCAAAUGGCUCUCUUCCCUCGUGCGUUCCCCCUCCUAAACCCUAAACCCUAUACCCUGUCGUUUCUUCCCAGCGCAAGCCAUGGCAGUGGCGGUUCAGGCAGCAGAGAGCCCUCCCUUGCACCCCUCUCCCUCUGUUUCCUUUCUUCUCCCCUCUUUCUCCCCUCUUUCUCCCCUCUUUCUCCCACACACUCCCCAGGGCAAGCCAUGACAGUGACGGUACAGGCAGCAGUGAACGCGAGUGAAGCUGCCAUCACUUCCCACCACUCCCCCUCUCUUCCCUCCCUUUCCUAUCCUCCCCGUUUUCCAGCUCAAGCCAUGACAGUGACGGUGCAGGCAGCAGUGAAUGUGACUGAAGCCGCUGUCAACGGAACCUUGGCUGCUGCGCCAGUAGCAGCAGAAACGGUGCUCUCGGUGUCAAGACACGACAUGCAGGCAUACGGCAUCAUCACCACCAUCUGCCUCUGCCUCAUAGUGUUCGGAGGAGUGCAUCUGGUGGACCGCGUUGGAUCGCUCUUCAUCAUCCCUGCCCUGAUGCAUGAGUCUCAUGCAUACGGCAUCAUCACCACCAUCUGCCUCUGCCUCAUUGUCUUCGGUGGAGUGCAUCUGGUGGACCGCGUUGGUUCUCUCGUCCUCCUCCCACUGUGCAACUUAAUCACGCGCCACUCCACUGCACCAACGACCCUGUUCAUCCAUCUCCCUACUGCCUGUCCGCCCCCCCGCCAGGCAUACGGCAUCAUCACCACCAUCUGCCUCUGCCUCAUUGUCUUCGGAGGAGUGCACCUGGUGGACCGCGUCGGAUCGCUGUUCAUCAUCCCGGCCGUCCUCGCUGUCAUCUCCGUCUUCAUCGGCAUAUUCCUCUCCCCAGACGCCGAAUCACCAGCUGGCUUGACUGGUCUCAGCACCACCACUCUCUUCGCCAACUGGUUACCAAGUUACCAGACCACCAACUCCAAUGGCAUACCCGACCCUAACGGCUCUUUCUACUGGGGCUUUAACCAGCUGCUGGGGCUCUUCAACCCUGGUGUGACGGGCAUCAUGCCAGCUGCUGGACCUCUUCUAUCCGGGAGUGACGGGCAUCAUGGCCGGAUCCAACCGCUCAGAGGCGCUGAGGGACACUCAGCGGUCCAUCCCCCUACCCUUCCCAAUGCGCAUUCCUUACCCCAUCCCAACCACAGCCAGCUGCUGGGGCUCUUCUAUCCCACAGACAGCAUAGCGCCUCCUCCUCCUUCUCUCUCUCCUCCCGCUCUCUUAUUCCUCACAGCCAGCUGCUGGGCCUCUUCUAUCCGGGUCCAGCUGCUGGGGCUGUUUUACCCGGGAGUGACGGGCAUCAUGGCGGGAUCCAACCGCUCUGAGGCGCUGCGGGACACACAGCGGUCCAUCCCCACGGGGACCCUGGCAGCCAUUGUCUCAAUGACUGGUCUCUAUGUGGUCUCCAUUCUGCUGUUUGGUGCCGUUGCCACCAGGGACCUGCUUGUCACUGACAGCUGUUUGGCGCUGUUGCCACCAGAGGCCAACUUCACCCAGUUUCAUGCCUCCCUCUUCACCCAGUUUCAUGCCUCCCUCUUCACCCAGUUUCAUGCCUCCCUCUUCACCCAGUUUCAUGCCUCCCUCUUCACCCAGUUUCAUGCCUCCCUCUUCACCCAGUUUCAUGCCUCCCUCUUCACCCAGUUUCAUGCCUCCCUCUUCACCCAGUUUCAUGCCUCCCUCUUCACCCAGUUUCAUGCCUCCCUCUUCACCCAGUUUCAUGCCUCCCUCUUCACCCAGUUUCAUGCCUCCCUCUUCACCCAGUUUCAUGCCUCCCUCUUCACCCAGUUUCAUGCCUCCCUCUUCACCCAGUUUCAUGCCUCCCUCUUCACCCAGUUUUCAUGCCUCCCUCUUCACCCCUCUCUCCCUCCCCCUAUCAGUGCCAGCUGUCUAACACCAACUCAACCCAUGCUCUCUUCCCCUGUUGAGUUUCAAGACGCCUCAAGCCGCUUCAAACCGCGCUCUAACCACCCCACUUCACCCCUAUUCACGCCUGUUCACCCCCCUCUCCCCUCCCCCAUCUAUCAGGCUCCUCACUGCCACGAUCGCAUGGCCUGUGCCAGCUGUUGUCCAGGUGUGUGCCAGCUGUUGUCCAGGUGUGUGCCAGCUGUUGUCCAGAUGGGCAUUGUCCUCUCAACGCUCGGAGCAGCAGCACAGAACCUCGUGGGGCCACCGCGGCUGGUGGCUGCGAUUGCAACCCCAAACCCCAAACCUCAAACGGCUUAUGAGUUCACUCAAACCCCAACCCCCACUCCACCCCAUCCCACCGCAACCCCCGCGCACCACUUUCAGGUGGGCAUUGUGCUGUCAACGCUGGGAGCAGCGCUGCAGAACCUCAUGGGAGCACCUCAGCUGCUGGCUGCCCCGCCCAUAGGUCCCUCCCCUUGUCCCUGCCCCUCCCUCCUCGCCUCUCCCCUCUUCUUUCAGGUGGGCAUUGUGCUGUCAACGCUGGGAGCAGCUUUGCAGAAUCUCAUGGGGGCACCCCGGCUGCUGGCGGCGAUAGCAAACGAUAAUGUGCUGCCAGUGCUAAAUGCGUUCAAAGCGGAGAGCCAUCAAGAGCCGCAUCUAGCCACGCUCUUCACACUGCUGCUCUGCUGCAGCGUUGUGCCGAUCAGGGAGGUGGACUAUGUCUUUCCCGUCAUCACUAUGUUCUUCCUCCUCUGCUGCUAUUGCAAGUCUCACCAUCCCCCCAACCUCCUCAUCCCAUGCCUGCACUGCAGCUUUGUGCUGAUAGGAGACGUGGACUACGUGUCGCCAGUCAUCACCAUGUUCUUCCUGCUCUGCUACUGCGGGGUCAACCUCUCCUGUGCUCUCCUCGACCUCGUUGACGCCCCCUCCUGGCGCCCGCGCUGGCGCUGGCACCACUGGCUCAUGUCACUCGCAGGGGCUCUCCUCUGUCUUGGUACGUUCCUCCACUCCCACCCACGCACACUCCCACUUCCAUUACCUCAUCACAUCAACACGUUCCUGGCGCCCCCACCCCCACCUCCUCCACCUCGUAGACGCCCCCUCCUGGCGCCCGCGCUGGCGCUGGCACCACUGGCUCGACUCCCUCGCUGGCGCCCUCCUUUGCCUGGCACCACACCCUCAUCCACUCUCUCUCCCCGAACCCCCGCCAUCCUCUCUCCCCCCACCCCGUUCUUCCCCUUUCCCCAGCCAUCAUUCAUCAUGUAUCUAAUCUCCUGGUUCUUCACGCUCGUCUGUCUCACCCUAGCCGUCCUCAUCUACAUCUACGUCAGCAUGGUGGGCAAGGCGGGCGACUGGGGCGACGGGGUCAAGUCGGCCUACAUGCAGCUCGCGCUGCGCUCGCUGCACUUCCUGGGAGACUGGGGCGAUGGGGUCAAGUCAGCCUACAUGCAGCUCGCCCUGCGCUCGCUGCACUUCCUGGGAGCCCUGGUUGGCAUGGCAAGGCGGCUGACUGGGGCGAUGGGGUCAAAUCCGCCCGCCUACAUGGUCCAUCCCAAGAACUGGUACCCCAUUCCGCUCAUCCUCUGCAAGCCAUGGGGCCUGCUCCCCCCCGACGCGCCCUGCCAUCCACGCCUGGGGGAUUUCGCCAAGUGCAUGAGGAAGAAGGGCAGAGGAAUGAGCAUCUUCGUGUCUGUCUUAGAAGGGAAUUACAGCACCCUAGCAUCAGAGGCCAGUAGAUCGGCCCGAUGUCUCCUGGCAUACAUAGACAGCAACCAGUGCGAGGGCGUGGCGGAGGUGAUGGUGGCAUCCUCUGUGAGGCGAGGCGUGGGCAUCGCCCUGCAGAGCAUGGGGCUGGCUGGCUUAAAGCCCAACAUCGUCUGCUUCAGAUACCCCGAGGCGUGGCAGCAGCAAGAAUCAAGUCACAUCUCCGCAACGUUUGUGAGCCUGAUCAACGACAGCAACACGGCGGGCAAGGCGUGUGUGAUUGUAAAGGGGCUGGACGAGUGGCCGGCAGAGGGGUGCGGGCAAUACGGCACCAUCGACCUGUUUUGGAUUGUGAGGGAUGGGGGCAUCAUGCUGCUGCUGUCCCAGCUGCUGCGGUCUCGACCCACCUUCGAUGCUUGCAAGAUUCAGGGGUGCCGGCAGUACGGCACGAUCAACCUGUUCUGGAUCGUGAGGGAUGGAGGCAUCAUGCUGUUGCUGUCGCAGCUCCUGCGCUCCCGACCCACCUUCGACGCAUGCAAGAUCCAGGUGAACCGCCCUAAGGGACCGGCAGAGGGGUGCCGGCAGUACGGCACCAUCGACCUGUUUUGGAUUGUGAGGGAUGGGGGCAUCAUGCUGCUGCUGUCCCAGCUGCUGCGGUCUCGACCCACCUUCGAUGCUUGCAAGAUUCAGGUGUUUUGCAUUGCAGAGGACAAUGGGACAGCAGAGACAUUGCUGCUAGACGCGGCCCAGUUGAUAGUUGACGUGCUUCGAAUCCCCCUCACACACGCGCACACUCACUCGAAUCCUUGCUUUCAUCCCGCCCGCCUCCUUCCCUUGCUUCAGGUGUUUUGCAUUGCAGAGGACGAUGGGACAGCUGAGACGUUGCAACUAGACGUGGCCCAGUUCCUGCACGACCUGCGCAUGCAGGUGAGCUCAGAGCGGUCCAAAGCGGCUCAGAGUGGUGGUGGGGCGAGUCUUGGAGCGGAUGUGGUGGUGGUGACGAUGGGAGCAUGCGAGGACGUGGUGGGGGAGGAGGAUGGAUUAGAGGAGGCUGAGCUGAGCUUCUUGAUGUGCCACUGA